CUACAAGUCAGGUGACUAUGGUGGCUUGACUAUGCUAAGUUUUUUCCAUUAACUAUGGUGACUCAACUUUUUUUCUUUUAAAUUGAUUAGUAGUUUUCCUUAACCAAUCCAACGUUCGUAGUUUCACAUUUUUAACGUUUAUGUGAGAGACUCGAUGCGUAUCAUUUGCCGUGGUUAUUCCGUUAUGGUAAGUUUAUUUUUUGGUCUUGACUCAUGACUCUUGAGUCUUGACUAUGGUUUGUUACUUUGUUAACCAUAAUAUUAAAUGCUGCCCAAAUGCAACUGCAACACCCACAUCUCUAAAACCACGAGCUCUCCAUUUUCCCCCAAAUUCACGAAGCCCAAAUCUUUCCUCUAAUCCCAAACCUUUCAACCAAGCUCUCCUCUUUAUGUCCUCACCUUCAUCUCCAAAACGACCAUGCGGAGCCCCGAUCCGAAACUGGACGGAGCUCCCGGAGGACGUCACGGCGGCGAUCCUCUCCCGUCUCGGAGCCAUCGACAUCCUCGAGACGGCUCAGAAGGUCUGCAAGACGUGGUACAGCGUCUGCAAGGACCCUCUCAUGUGGCGCAUCGUCGACUUCCGCGACGAUGAUCUCCACAAAGUUCAUGACUUGGGGAAGAUGUGCCGCUACGCCGUUGAUCGGAGCGAUGGGAAAUUGGCCAGUAUCAAUCUCGAUUCCUUCGCCACCGAUGAGCUCCUCAAGUACAUCACUGAUAGUUCAAGUGAAAUCAGAUGUCUACGACUUGUGCGUUGCAACAUAACAAGUGAGGGAUUGAGUGCAGUGUCUUCAAGACUUCCACUGUUGGAGGAACUUGAAAUUUCACAUUGCCCGCUCUCACAUGAAACUCUAGAAGUGGUUGGGGCCUCUUGUCCUCUUUUGAAAUCACUGAAACUCAACAGUCGAUGGUACAGUUUCGCCCAUGAGGAGUGUAACAAGCAUGCACUUGCCAUAGCAGGAACAAUGCAUAAUUUAUGCCACCUCCAGAUUUUUGCGAAUAAGCUGACUAAUGAUGGCUUGCAGACUAUACUUGAUGGUUGUCCUCCACUUGAGUCGCUUGAUCUGCGCCAGUGUUACAAUCUUAAUCUGGAGGAAAAUUUUGAGAAAAGAUUGGUGGCACGAAUUAAACUUUUACGGCUUCCGGAUGAUUCAACUGAUGACUAUGAGUUUGAUGCUACGGUUCUCGAGUACGGAUCAGAUAAUCCAGAGCCUGAAGUCGAAUUUUUUGACGAAAUGUUCAUGGUAGAUGAUGCAGAUGGUGAAGUCUUCCCCUGGAAUGGUUUCGUUGAGUUUGAGGAUUUCUAUUACUUUUUAUGAAACUGGGAUCUAGCGCUCUUGAGUUUAAGGGUAAUUAACAGAAGAGCCUUUAUCCAUCCAAAGGGUCUAUAAUUUCUCUGCAGAAGGCCUGUUUCUUUCUGAGUUGCGAAGAACGGAGAUGUUAUUGCCUUUUUUCUUUUGUGUGUUGUGCUGUAACAUGUAGGAGAAAGGUUGCUAUUAGCAAGGAUAUUGUGUUUCUGUAUUGUCCAGGAUACAAAAUAGAUGUUUCAAUUUCCCACAAGAAGCCAUCGAAAGAGUUCAUCCUCUUUUGGUGCUUCUUUGUUAAAGAGUGUUAGUAAUUGAUCAAGAAGCUGCCUUAACUGAA